AGCUUAUUGACCAAUCAAAACAAGCGGAGCGAUAUUUGAAGAACCAAAUUUGCGGUGGAGAAAUUUUUUAGAAAAUUAUGUGAUCGCACCAUUUAUUAGCAACUGAUCAUCAUUUUAUUUCAGAAAUGAAGCACAUCAGUUGUGUCGAUAAUCUAUGUAACCUACAGGCCCUUAUACGCCACGAAUUAAGAGAGCUUGGAGUCAAAGUCCCAAAAGCAAAAAAGUUAAAACGUGGUGGCGGCCAAAAAAAUCAGCAGGAAGUACAUAAAGGACAAAUAUUUGGAAAUUACUUAGCUCAUGUACAUUGUGUACAUGUUCCAGACUGUGGAUAUGUUGCUAAGUUCCUUGUAGACGCUGCAGAGAUAAUAUUAGAGAAUAUCGAUAAUGAAGGUGUGUUUAGGAAGUCUGGGGCUGUCAGUAGACAAAAGGAAAUCAAGCAACAAUUGGAGAAUGGUACAGGUUUUGUUGGGGCUAAUGUUCAUGAUGUAACAGCUUUGGUAAAACAGUUUUUCCGGGAGCUACCAGAACCACUGUUUACAAGUACUUACCAUGACACAUUUGUACGAUGUCAUCAAAUCGAGGACAAAGAGCUUUCAACUCGUGCAAUAUUGUUACUGUGUUUGUUGUUGCCAGCUGAGCAUAUAAGCACGCUACAGUUCACCUUGAGACUGUUGGCAAAAAUCACGCAACAUGCGGAGAAAAAUAAAAUGGACAGUACUAAUUUGGCUGUAGUUAUAGCACCAAAUAUAAUGCAUGUGAACAGCAAAACAGAAACAAUGAAAUCGUGUGAGGAGAGGUUACUGCAGGUACAGACAUCUGUGGUAGAAUUGUUAAUCGAGCAUGCAGAAGAAGUUGGAAUGAUAGAUGAACAGAUGGCAGAAAAGACUGCAUUCAUGUCUGAGGUGUUCAGUACAGAUGAUGAGUUAGAUGCCAGUGAAGAUAACCUCGAUGAUACAAAAGAGAAUAGGAAGAAAGAGAAAAAGAGGAAAAGAAGUGGUUCCUUCCAAGGGUUUGUUAGCAGCAUAGCCCAGAGUAUAACAAAGUGGAGGAAAAGUACAGAUGGUAAAACAAACACCAGUGGUUUCAGUCAGGGCUCUAACAUGAGUCAUGUGAGUGUAGGGCACACAAGGUCACACCCAGAGCAGUCAGAUGAUGGUCAGGUGUAUCAGUUUACUGCGACUGAGGCUACCCCAGUUGUUAGGAGGAAAAAACCAACACAUCUUGCUGAGGGGAAGGCUUUUUCAGCAUCUAAAAAAAAAGCUAUAUUGAAUCAGUUACCACAAGGUGCCACUCUUGCCAGUACACCAUUCACACCAGCUACUGGGGUGAAAAGGAUGGAUUUAAAUGGUGUGAAACGUGGGGUUCAUGAUACUCCCAGCAUGCCACCACGACCUUACAUGACACCUAGGCACAGUAUGAAAACACCGAGGAAAAAGUUGACAUUGUUCAGUCCUGCAAGCACAACUAAGAAGAAGAGGUAUUCAUCAACAACGAACCUAUCUUUAAACUCUGCUGGUAAGAAAACGGGAAAAUCAAAGGGAAUAUUUCGCCGGCUGAGCGGUAGCAAGGGGGACCAGGCUUUCCCAGUACAGAAAGCUGUCAGUCAUAACCAGAUCGGUCACCGUUUAGCUACAAGUCCAACAUCUACAAUCAGUGUAACAUCAGUUCAAAGUUCAACCUCCGGUAAACAGCCGACCAGUAAAAACCUUAAAGAUGAUUCUCCAAUAGCCGCUAUUGCCCAAAACUCAUUCUCAGCUUCCAUGUGCGAGCAGUCAAUUAUUUCUACCUAUGACGAAGAAAGUAGAUCCUUAAAUGAAGGCUUUAUUAUGAACGAGGAAAAAGAUGGAGACAUAACUCGGAUCAUGUCAGAACCGGCCAUUGCUGGUUCACAUGAUCCGGGAGAAUAUGUCAUGUUAGAUGAUGUAUUCGCCAGAGAAAGUGUUUCAGAUUCUACUUUUCUUAGUUCAAGGAGUAAUGAAACCCCUAAAGGUCACAGCAGGUCAUUUUCUGUGGAUAGUACUUUAGACGGUAGUACAAGGAAAUCGAGUCUUCGUAGAGGGGGUCCGAAUUCUAUCAAAGUUGGACUUCUUCAGGGUGAUCACAGUGAAGUAAACAAAUUGCGGCGUAGUUUCGGUCUUGAUAAAUCAGAAAUUGGUUAUCCUAUUCCAGUAAGCGUAGCUAAUGUUGAGGAUGAUAACAACUAUAUACAGCUUGACAACAGCUUUGAUCUUCUCAAUACCCAACCAAGAACAGAACGAGCAGUAAAUGAUGGUGUGAAUUCUGGAGAGACAUGUAAUAACUCACCUGGAUCAGUGUCAGAGUGUAAGUCAACUGUUAGUUCAACAACCAGUUUAACUUCGAAUGGAGCUAAAAACAAAGAAGAUGGUUAUGAAUGUGACAAUGAGUCAGAGGCAGGAUUCUCUACAGUAUCUGGUGGGACGGCCAUUUUUAAACCUAAAAUGUGCCUUCAAACUAAACUUAAUGAAGAAUCUAAAGAAAAUAGUGAUGUUAAUGAUGAGAUAAGGAAGACGUUGGCGCAGCAGAAACAAGAAAGUAAAGACAGUUUACUAAGUGAAGCAUCCUCUACAAUGUCACCUAUUAUGAUGUUUAAGGAGCGAGAACUAACAAGAUCUAUAUCUGCUGACAGUGGGAAGGGUUCUAUGUAUGAAGAACAGAGAGAGGAGUGUGGCAAUGCUACACUAGACUCUAUCUCAAGCUCACUAAUUGACAAGGACAGUCCAAUGGUAACUUCAAAACCUACAGAGAUUCUAAGUCAGGUUGACAGUGAGGUUCAGAUGGAAGUAGAUACUGUUGACCCAACAGAAACAAAACUUGAUCUGAAAGUUAGCGAUGUUGAGGCAUCAAAACCAACUCUUGUUCACCAGAAAUCAGUGUCCUCGCAAGAUCUUAUAAGGGAUGAAAAAACACCAACUCGAGUCUCACGGUCCAAGAGUUUACUUGAAACUAGUAUAUCUGCUAGGAAGAGCAAUGCUAAACCUAAUCUUCAAAUCUCAGCAGAAACGCACAAGUUGCUUGCUAGAGCCGGUUACAUUAAAGAACAGAAAGAGGAUUUUCAGAUGGAGUCGGAUGAUUUUAUAGUCCCUGCUUCGUUUCCAUUCAUCAAGCAGGCAGAGACUUUGAAUCCUAGAAGAGAAAGUAUCAUUGCCCUACAAAAGAAUAAUGCGGGUAAAGUAAAAAGUAAUGUAAAACAGUUUGAUCGUAUAAUAUCAAGUGGGGUUAAAACAGAAAUCGAAUCUCGGCAUGCUUCGCCAUUCAGGUUCCCAAAUUCAACUACGCGUAAACGUGGCACAACACGUCUUAAAAUUCCCUCAGCAUUUAACAGAACAGAUCUAGAAAAUAGUAUGAAUGUAUCCAUUGACUAUUUUAAUACUUCAAAGGAUAAAAUGUCGGCUGGUACUGCUGUGUUACCAAUAUCAACACAGAUGAUAAAACCAUCGGACCCAGAUUUUAAUUUGAAUGAAGGGGCAGAGAAUCAAAAAUGUGGACUGAAACGUAAACCUAGUAUAUACCAUGCUGAAAAAGGUGGAAUUGUUCCUCCAUUAAACAAGUCUAGAAAUAUAAGUGGUAGCUUAAAUACUACAAUAGAAUCUUUGGAAUGCGAAGAAAAUAACAUGUCCUGCGAUAAACUGAAUGAUGCAGUUUUUACAAAUGACGUUAAAGGAAAAUCCAGCUUUCUGGGCGGAGUUUCAAUAAAUCUUGAUCAAUCUUUACAAGACACUAAUGAUGUUUGCACACCACGCUGUGAGAAACAGCAGCUAAAACUGGAUAAAGAGAAUGACGCACAAAGUUCAUUUAAUAAAAUGCCAGACUUGAAACAAACAUUGUUAUCCACGCCUAUAUCACUAGAUACGAUUGCAUAUAGAACGGCCUCAAAUAAAACACCCAUGGAAAUAUUCAAAACAGUUCAGUCACCUCGAUCUCCUAUAAAACCACUUAAAAGACUAGGAUCCUCGCCACACUCCCCAAGAGGUAAGGUGAUGAGGUCACCGAAAACUGUCAAAAGUAACAGACGUUCCUUGUUGACUACCAUAGCACAACAAAAUGAAGACUUUGAAAACCUGUAAAGAUAUCUUACCAAUGUUUGACGCCCUUUUUUUAAUUUAUUUAAGCAUGCUUGUUCUUAGAUGAUCCAGUAUACCUACAGAAAUUUACUAUGUACAAACAUAUUAUAGCAGAUAAUAUGAGCAUUAUUUAAUCAUGUAUAGAAAGUAUCUCUGUUAAACAAAGGGGAUUGUUUGAUGUUUAUAAUUUUGUAUAUUCUAUGAAAUUUGCCUGAAAAUGUUUGUUAAUGCCUGUACUUUUUAGUUGAAACACAUUUAAAUUUUUAGCUUAUCUUAAACUGACACUGAAAUCAAAAUUGCUAUGUGAUAUUUACUCAGAGGGACAAGUGAAUUGUAGCUCUUAUUAAAGUACCAUUUUGGUUUUAAGUGAAUAUUUUCAAAUGCAAAAAGUUUUAUAGCUGUUUUGUUAAAUUGUUCAUAAUCAUAAGGUUCUUGUUUAAAUCCUUACCACGCUAAAUAUCUUAAAUGGACUUGUCCAUCAUUUAAUCUGGACAAAACCAUUCAUCAUUUUUAGGGAAAAUUUUAAGAUAUUGACUGAAUAGUGAACAGUGCAGACCAUGAU